CUGCAAAAGAAGGGACUGAAAAGAACUGAUGAAAAAUAAAUGUACAUACAGUUUUGCACAUUUCAAACAAAUACAUUCUAACUAAAUUAAUAAUAAUAAUAACACAUGUAUAUAUAUUUCUUAAAUUAACUGUUGAUAUAUUAUUAUAUAGUUAUACAAUUUAAUAAAUCAGAAACUGAUGACAUAGUGCUGUAUUUUAUUUCUUUAUCUCUUUUUUUUAACCUAAAAUGCUUUGCUCUGAUUAGGGGGUACUUGAAUUUAAAAAAAUGUUCACAGGGGGUACAUCACUGAAAAAAGGUUGAUAACCACUGUUCUAAAUCAUUAAUCCUUGUCUCCAUGGGGACAAAUAAAGUAAGUUUCUUACAAGUAUCAUCCCUGCAGGACGAGGAAUAGCUAAACAUGCUUCACUACACACCAUAGCUCACCGGUGUCAAAAUGUAAACAAACACCAUUGGUGGAUCUACACCUGACAGCCACUGUAUUGAUACUAAGUACAAGAGCUUAUCUAGUCAAUACUACUAUGAUUACGUUGAUUAUUUUUGGCAUCAUAACAUAUAAUUUAGUUUUUUUAAAUGUAUUUUAUGUUUAUAAACUCAGGAAAUAUGUCCCUGGACGCAUGAGGACUUUGAAUAUGACCAAUGUAUGAUCCUGUAACGACUUGAUAUCGGAUUGAUACCCCAAAUUUGUGGUAUCAUUCAAAACGAAUGUAAAGUAUCCAAACAGCAGAAGAAUAAGUGAUUACUUCAUUUGAACAGAGUGUAGAUAUUACACGUUACAAGAGAAAGUAAGCAGAUAUGAACAGUAAAUGAACAAGUAGAUUAAUAAUUAAUUUUCUACCAUUUGUUCUUAAUAAUGCUGACAAAAGAAUAGAAUAAUAAAUCACACAAUAUGUUACUGCAUACAGUACUUCAGCAGCUAAAUUAGGAGUAUUUGUUUGUUGACCUACUACUAAAAGACAAGUUGUCUCGUAUGUUCACUAUUUUAUUUAAGGACUUAACUGCAAUAAGAAACAUAUUAAGUUAAAGUUAAAGUGCUAAUAAUUGUCAAACACACACUAGGUGCGACAAAAUUGUUCUCUGCAUUUGACCCAUCACCCUUGAUCACCCACUGGGAGGUGAGGGGAGCAGUGAGCAGCAGCAGUGGCUGCGCCCUGGAAUCAUUUUUGGUGAUAUGUUUAAUGUACCCAAAGAUGAUUUGUUAAAUUAAAGCCAAUAAUGCAAUUUUUUGGCGGUCCCCUUCAUUUAGAAAAGUACCGAAAAGUGUCGAAAUAAUUUUAGUACCGGUACCAAAAUAUUGGUAUCGUUACAACACUAGUGUAACCGUUGGUCUUUUCCUCUGCGUUGUGUGGGUUUUAUGGAACACGACUGAAACCAUGGGUUUCUCAGUUGCACUUCACUGAUAAUACACAGAAUAAAAUUGUCGUGAAUAACUUUUUUCCAUCGUCGAACCCCUGCACAAAUAUAAUAAUGAACAAGAAAGUGAAAUUAAGUGCUUAACAAGACAAUACAUUUUCUGUUGUAGCAUGGACGCCUAUCUCUCCCGUUAUCGUAGACAAAAGGGAAGUUGUAAGGUGUGUCCAACGCAUAUAAAAAGACAGAUGUCACAGUAAUUAUUGCAGUAGGAGGGACAAUGAGACAAGGGUUCCACAUUGACGAAACAAUCUAACAAUAUUCAGGUAUCAACAUGUAACUUACAUCUUUUCUGUAAUUAUAACAGUAAUACAACAUUAUAAAAUACAUUAUUUACAAGAUUUAAUUGACCUUGUUACAUUAGUAUAAAAAAAAAAAAAUCAAGGUACAGCGGUACUGAUGUGUGCAUACUGUAAGACUAUGAUGAACAGAUCACACAGCUGUAUGUGUGUUUAUUAAAAUAGUUAAAGGCCUACUGAAAUGAGAUUUUCUUAUUCAAACGGGGAUAGCAGGUCCAUUCUAUGUGUCAUACUUGAUCAUUCCGCGAUAUUGCCAUAUUUUUGCUGAAAGGAUUUAAUAGAGAACCUCCUAAAUAAAGUUUGCAACUUUUGGUGCUAACAGAAAAGCCCUGCCUCUACUGGACGUCGCAGACGAUGAUGUCACAUGUUGAUGGCUCCUCACAUAUUCACAUUGUUUUUAAUGGGAGCCUCCAACAAAAACAGCUAUUCGGACCGAGAAAACGACCAUUUCCCCAUUAAUUUGAGCGAGGAUGAAAGAUUUGUGUUUGAGGAUAUUACCAGCGACGGACGAGAAAAAAAAAAAAAAAAAACGAGUUAAAAAAAAACGCGAUUGCAUUGGGACGGAUUCAGAUGUUUUUAGAGACAUUUACUAGGAUAAUUCUGGGAAAUCCCUUAUCUUUCUAUUGUGUUGCUAGUGUUUUAGUGAUUUUAACAGUACCUGAUAGUCGGAGGUGUGUGUCCACGGGUGUCUUGACGCCAGUGUCUCAGCGAAGUCGACAGCAGCUUUAUGGACGGCACAAGCUCAGCUGAUCCCCGGUAAGAAGCGACUUUUUACCACAAUUUUCUCACCGACAUUCGGUUGGGAUCCAUGUUCGCUUAAACCGCUCUGAUCCAUAGGAAAGUUUCACCUCCGCGAAUUUUAAACAAUGAAUCACCGUGUGUUUGUUUGGCUAAAGGCUAAAGCUUCCCAACUCCAUCUUUCUAAUUUGACUUCUCCGAUAUUAAUUAAACCAAUUGCAAAAGAUUCAGCAACACAGAUGUCCAAAAUACUUUGUAAUUAUGCCGUUAAAGCAGACGACUUUUAGCUCUUUGUGUGCGCAGCGCUCAUAUUUCCUAACAGCCCGUGAUGUCACGCGCAUGCGUCAUCACUACGCGACGUUUUCAAGAAAAAACUCCCGGGAAAUGUAAAAUUGUAAUUUAGUAAACUAAAAAGGCCGUAUUGGCAUGUGUUGCAAUGUUAAUAUUUCAUCAUUGAUAUAUAAACUAUCAGACUGCGUGGUGUGUAGUAGUGGGUUUCAGUAGGCCUUUAACAAGACAAUACAUUUUCUGUUGUAGCAUGGACGCCUACCUUUGCCGUCAUCGUAGACAAAAGGGAAGUUGUAAGGCGUGUCCAACGCAUAUAAAAAGACAGGUGUCACAGUAUUUAUUGCAGUAGGAGGGACAAUGAGACAAGGGUUCCACAUUGACAAAAAUAUCUAAGAAUAUUCAGGUAUCAACAUAUAACUUACAUAUUUGUGUAAUCAUAACAAUAAUAAUUACACAAAAUAUGCUGCGAUGAGGUGGCGACUUGUCCAGGGUGUACACCGCCUCACGCCCGAUUGAAGCUGAGAUAGGCGCCAGCGCCCCCCGUGACCUCAUAAGGAAAUAAGCGGUAGAAAAUGGAUGGAAUGGAUAAACAAUAAUACAACAAUAUAAAAUACAUUAUUUACAAGAUAUAAUUGACCUUGUUACAUUAGUAUAAAAAAAUUCAAGGUACAGCGGUACUGAUAGUGCAUACUGUAAGACUAUGAUGAACAGAUCACACAGCUGUAUGUGUGUUUAUUAAAAUAGUUAAGAGAGAAUCUUAAAAGGGGAGUGGAAAAAGAGAAGUUGGCAGAGGGAGGGGGACCUACUGUAGGCCUUGGUUGGCUAAUGGAAGUCUCUGGAGACGUAGCAUGUGUUUAAAAGACCCAAAACGACUUGGAGAGAAAGGAUGACAGGCUGUCUGAGAUUAACAUUUGUCACCGGUGAGUGGAGGAAAUGGGGAUCUCUCAUCACAGCAAAAAAACCUCGCCGGGAACGCCCGGAAGCCGCAAAGCGUCGAGCAAAACGCUGCCGUGCCGCCCCUCGCUUGUUCGGACUGCGCGUCUCCGACCUCCGCUACUCCGAAACACUCCCGCACGCAGACGGCACGCUCCAGCCGCGCAGACACAGGUGCCGGGGCACGUGACUGUGGCGCGCAGGGGGAGCGCACAGCUUGUGCAAGGUCGGCCGGCGUACGAGCAACAGGCGUCACAGGGAGCUCACUCCAGCUGCACUUUCUUCUGCUAUUUCUGUUACUGCUCUUAUUUCUGCUGCCUUACCUCGCUCUCCCUUUUUCUCCUCCUCCUCAUGUCUCCAAAUCCCCGCGCUCCACCCUCCACUUCUUCCUCGUCUACGUCCUUUUCCGCCUCGCCAACAUUAACUUCCUGCGCGGAUGAACUUUUGGUCCGUCUCGAUGCCAACCUGACUGUAUCUGCCUUGUCUUCCCUCUGCCCUCUGUCACCAUGCCUCACCUCUGACGGUUCUGUCGCCUUCCUCCACUCCUCCUCUUCUUCUGGUUCCUCCUCACCUCCGCCAUAUUCUCCUUUUCUUUCGUCCCCGCUUCCCUGCCCUCCCAGCUUUGGGGAUCCUGUGUUAUCCUAUACGUCCACUCUGGAGCACAUCCCCAUCGGGCCCGCCCGCCCCCGGACGCUGCUACGCCAGCAGAGCCUCCAGCAGCCCCUCAUCCACCCGCCGGGCUCGAGUUUCGGCCACCCCCCGACCACGUCUCAGAGUCUGGGACAAUUACACACCGCACCGGGACAGCCCGGGGGAGGCGGGGCCGCCGGGAGAGGAGAUGGAGGUGGUGAGGGCGGUGGCGAAGGUGGAGGUGCAGGUAAAAGAGCUGUUCCACGGGCCACGCGGGGAAGCCCCGCAGGGGCUGGUGCCUCUCGCUAUAGGGGAGGCGGCGCAGGAGGCCGCUCACGUGGUAAUCCUGGCAGCUGGGAUUACAUGAUGGACCAGAUCCGGAAUCGAGGCCUGGACGUCAAAUCCUUUCUUGAAGGAAAGCUGGUGGUCCUGUCUUUGGCCAUCGGUGUGGCCGAGCAAGACGACUUUGCCAAUAUCCCUGACCUGCAAGAAACGGCACAGGCGGCCCCUGCAGCCAGUCAGGAGCCCCCCCUCGAGAAGAGGGGUAACAAGCCAGCCAACAGCCCCAAAGGCCAACCCCCUGAUGCUGACGGCCACUCCUCCGUAACUGACCUGGCCAACUCUCUCACUGGAGACAUGGUGAUGCUGUCUCCAGGUUCAGAGGAUGAUGAUGGCGAGGGUCCUAUCAGUGAGAAGCUGGGUCGUAUCCAGUUCAGCAUAGGCUACAGCUUCCAGAACACAACCCUCACAGUCAAAGUUCUCAGGGGCCAGGAGCUACCCGCCAAGGACUUCUCCGGUACCUCGGAUCCCUUCGUUAAAAUCUACCUGCUGCCUGAUAAAAAGCACAAACUGGAAACCAAGGUCAAGAGGAAGAACCUCAACCCCCACUGGAAUGAAACUUUCUUGUUUGAAGGUUUCCCCUAUGAGAAGGUGAGGGAGCGCACACUUUACCUUCAGGUGUUGGACUACGACCGCUUCAGCAGGAAUGACCCAAUUGGAGAGGUCUCAAUCCCUCUUAACAAGGUGGAACUGGGCCAGAUAAAGACCUUCUGGAAGGAGCUCAAGCCCUGCAGUGAUGGCAGUGGAAGACGAGGGGACUUGCUGGUGUCUCUGUGCUAUAAUCCCACUGCCAACACCAUAACUGUGAACAUCAUCAAAGCUCGUAAUCUCAAAGCCAUGGAUAUCGGGGGUACCUCAGAUCCCUACGUGAAGGUGUGGCUGAUGCACAAAGACAGGCGUGUAGAAAAGAAAAAGACGGUCACGAUGAAGCGCUGUCUCAAUCCCAUCUUCAACGAAUCCUUCCCCUUCGAUGUGCCCGCCCAUGUGCUGAGGGAGACCACCAUCAUCAUCACUGUCAUGGACAAGGACAGACUCAGUCGCAACGAUGUUAUUGGCAAGAUCUACCUGUCGUGGAAGAGCGGACCAGCCGAGGUGAAGCACUGGAAAGACAUGCUGGCUCGGCCGCGCACCAACGUAGCCCAGUGGCACGCUCUUAAGGCCUAAUGGCACCGCCCACCCGCCUCCAUGGCCCCUUCUUUCUUCUCACCCCCACCCGCCCCCACCUCGCUCUUCCCGUCCCGUCCUUAUGCACAAGACUGACUUGCUGCCAGGCUGCGAAACACGGGUACAAUUAGCCAUCUGCUCUCUUAAACCUUUAAACUUCUUCUCUCGUCCUCUCUAGCUGUUUCUUGUUCCUCUUCUCAUACGGUCCCGUCUCCAUUUUUCGGCGUAGUGACUCUCCUCUCUCUUUGCUUCUGACUGCCCAAAACGUCCCUCUGCACUUGGCGGAGGUUUCAUUCUUUGGUUCUAUUUGUGGACCCCUUGGUCCUGAACUGCACUACAGCCUGACCCACUGAAGGUGCCAGUCCCGUGGGAUCACAGGGAAGUGACAUACAGUAUAAUCCUAGUGUGUAAUUAUUCCAGGUAAACAAUACUGUACAGUAUGUACUGUAUGUACAUAAACAUACUGGUAUAUUAGGCCGAUAGAAGUCCCCCCAUACAAACCGGCUAUGUGUGCUUUCUCCGCCACCUCCCUUUCCUUCAUCCAUCUCCGGUGUGCUGUAUCUUCCAUUACUUUUCUCCCCCCCUUUUACUUAAGUGUGGUUUAAUGUUUGACUGAAGUCGUAGAAAGCAAUCAAUACUCGGUUUGUAAAGAAACCAGCUCAGCUCAAGAUGCUGUUGAUGAUACUAGUGUCUCUCUCCCUA